CCUCAACGCCACAUAUUCUCAUCUUCCAUUUCUAUGUCCACGAAUUUUCUCGGAUCACCAUUUCCUUUUAUACCAGUUUCUUCUCCUCACAAAUCCUUCAAGCUUUCAUCUUUCACUAUGGCAGCUUGCAUUCACGCUUCAAGAACCAAAAAUCCCCCAAAAAAUCCAAUUUCUCGUGACCCAAACAAGCCCCAAAUCGACGACCAUGUCUACGAUUACGUCAAAUACUGCCGAUCCACUUUCCCUGACCUCGUUUCCAGCAAACCCAUUUCAGAAAAAAGCUGGAAAAUCGAGGAAGUGGGAGAUGAGCUAUGGCUGAAGAUGAAAGAGGAAGCUAGGUCAGAUAUUGACCAAGAACCCAUUUUGUCUAGCUAUUAUGUUUCUUCAAUUUUGGCUCAUGAAUCCAUGGAAAGGGCUUUAGCUAAUCAUCUUUCUAUGAAAUUGAGUAAUUCUAAUCUUCCUAAUACUACUUUGUAUGAUUUAUUUGUUGGGGUAUUAACAGAAGAAACAGAUAUAAUUAAAUCUGUUAAAGCUGAUUUAAGAGCUGUUAAAGAAAGGGAUCCAGCUUGUAUUAGUUAUGUACACUGUUUCUUGAAUUUUAAAGGUUUUUUAGCUUGUCAAGCUCAUAGAGUUGCACAUAAAUUAUGGUCAAAAGGGAGGCAAAUUCUUGCUCUGUUAAUACAAAACAGAGUAUCUGAAGUUUUUGAUGUUGAUAUUCAUCCUGGUGCUAAAAUUGGUAAAGGGAUUUUACUUGAUCAUGCUACUGGUGUUGUUGUUGGUGAAACUGCUGUGAUUGGGAACAAUGUUUCAAUUUUACAUAAUGUGACAUUGGGUGGCACUGGAAAAGCAUGUGGGGAUAGACAUCCUAAGAUUGGUGAUGGUGUUUUGAUUGGUGCUGGAACUUGUGUUCUUGGAAAUGUGAAAAUUGGAGAUGGGGCUAAAAUUGGGGCAGGGUCUGUUGUGUUGAAGGAAGUUCCGGCGAGGACAACCGCCGUUGGGAAUCCGGCGAGGUUGCUAGGAGGGAAAGAUAAUCCAAAGAGACUUGAUAAGAUUCCCAGUUUGACAAUGGAUCAUACUUCACAUAUGUCAGAGUGGUCUGAUUAUGUAAUAUAAAGUUGACAACUUUGAGUUUUGUUUACUAUUGUUUUAGCUUUUAAUUAGAUUAAUUAAAAGUUGCGUUGCUCCGACUCUCUUAAAAUGUUGUUGCAUCAUGUUGGAUAGGACACCACCGGACAUUUUUUGAAGAAUUUGAGCAACAUAAGUGAAAAGCUCCUCGAGGAAUUUUAGUUUCAGGGAGAAUUCAAGUUCUCUUAAAGGUAGAUAUAUUUCCUUGAGUUGAGGAGAUGUUGUAAUAGUCAUUUACCUUUUCUGGUAACUGCUUUAAGAUUUAAGAGAUUACUGUACUAGUUUUCUUGAUAUAGCAAACAGUUCCAUAUUGCAAUGUAACAAAGAUUUGAGAUAUAAUUCAGUGUUGGAUGAAGAUAUAGGAUCAUUCCUUGAGUUGAGCAUCUAUUUGAAACAACCUCUCAUCCUCCUAAGGUGUAGAGGUAAGGUAUAUAUAGUUCGAGUGGAAUACAAUGAGUUCAGUUGAACAUACGAUCAAGAUUCGCCCGUGUGUUGUAAACUGGAAAAGAAACAAAUAAAAACUUUUACCUUUUCAUUAUUUCAACAGUGUUUUUGGAAUCUUGGAAAGGCAUCCUUAAAUCAUCUCAACAUUUUAUUCAGAAAAUGCAACAGGGCAAAAGACACUGAUAAUCUCUAUGAUAUUUGUCCUACCGACACAACGCGUAAGAACAUCUUCAUAAAUGGCUAUCCAUGCAAGAAUCCAGCAGAAAUUACUGCUUCUGAUUUCAAAAGCUCUGUUUUGAGCAAGGAAGGUGACACAGAUAACUUUCAACGUUCAUCGACAACAUUAGUUACUGCUGCAGAAUUUGCAGGACUCAACACUCUCGGGUUAUCUGCGGCCAGGACUGAUCUGGAUAUUGAUGGCGUGGUAAUGUUGAAUUAUGUGAAUUAUCUCAUCUAAACGUUUAAUCCGUUUUAGAAUACUUAAUUUGUAUUAUGUCUCCAUGUGCCCCUCAUCCCUUGUACCAUAUUGUAGAAUUGUGUGUGAACCAUCUCAUUUAAACGUUCAGAGAGCACACUUUUGAUUACUUAUUUAUAUUAUUUGUCUCCACGUG